UUUAACUUUUUCUUACGGGAAUGGAAAAUUGUUGGCAGAGGAAAAACUGCGGUGUGCUCUAAAACAAAAGAUUAACUUGGUGGACAAACGGGGCCUGUCGGGAGUGGGUGGGGUGUAAAAGUAGUCCCGGCGAUGGGGUCAUGACCCAGGACGUCAGCGUCCGGCGCGCAGUUCAGUUUGGCGGUUUCGGAUCUGCAGUCGAAUUGGGGCAUGAUGUGGUCCCGAAUGAACCGAGCCGCUGAGGAGUUUUACUCUCGUCUCCUGCGGGAGUUUGAUGAAGAAAAGAAAGGAAUCCAUAAAGACCCAUUUAUCUAUGAGACUGAUGUUCAAGGGCAGUUGAUCGGCAAAGGCCAACCAAACCCUUUGAAAAAUAUUCUAAAUGAAAAUGAUGUGAUAUUCAUUGUAGAGAAAUUGCCUUUAGAGAAGGAAGAAACAAGUCAUGUUGAAGAACUACAGUCUGAAGAAACUGCUAUUUCUGAUUUCUCUACUGGGGAGAAUGUUGGACCACUUGCUUUACCAGUUGGGAGAGCAAGGCAGUUAAUUGGACUUUAUGCUAUGGCUCACAAUCCUAAUAUGACCCACUUGAAGAUUAAUCAUCCAGUUACUGCCCUUCCUGCCCUGUGGGUGAGGUGUGACAGUUCAGAUCCUGAAGGGACCUGUUGGCUGGGAGCUGAGCUUAUCACCACAAAUGACAACAUUACAGGAAUUGUCUUAUAUACGGUCAGUUCUAAAGCUGAUAAAAAUUAUUCUGUAAAUCUUGAAGACCUAAAAAGUUCACAUAAGAAAAGACAUCACUUGUCUACUGUAACAGCCAGGGGCUUUGCCCAGUAUGAGCUGUUUAAGUCCACGGCCUUGGACGACACACUUGCCGCAUCACAGACUACGAUCACUUUGGAUAUUUCCUGGAGUCCCGUGGAUGAGAUUCUUCAAACCCCUCCACUUUCCUCAACUGCAACCCUGAAUAUUAAAGUGGAAUCGGGAGAGCCCAGAGGUCCUUUGAAUCAUCUCCAGAGAGAAGUGAAAUUUCUCCUUGUCUUGGCUGAUGGUUUGAGGACGGGUGUAAGCGAAUGGCCUGAGCCUCUGGAAGUAAAGUCUGCUGUUGAUCUUGUGCAGGAAUUUCUGAAUGACUUAAAUAAGCUGGAUGGAUUUGGUGAUUCUACAAAAAAAGACACAGAGACAGUGAAGCAUGACAGUGCUGCAGUUGACCGUACCAUCGAGUGUCUUUUCACAGUGCGGGGCGAUCUCGAUUUUGCUGAGCAGCUGUGGUUCAAAAUGAGCAGUAGUGUGAUUUCUUAUCAAGACUUGGUGAAAUGUUUCACACUGAUCAUCCAGAGUCUACAACGUGGUGAUAUACAACCAUGGCUCCAUAGUGGGAGUAACAGUUUACUAAGUAAGCUUAUUCAUCAGUCUUAUCACGGAACCAUGGAUACAAUUUCUCUCAGUGGGACUGUUCCAGUUAAGAUGCUUUUGGAAAUUGGUCUGGACAAACUAAAGAAAGAUUAUAUCAGUUUUUUCAUAGGUCAGGAACUUGCAUCUUUGAAUCAUUUGGAAUAUUUCAUAACUCCAUCAGUAGAUAUACAAGAACAGGUGUGUCGUGUUCAAAAACUUCACCAUAUUCUAGAAAUAUUAGUCAGUUGCAUGCUUUUCAUUAAACCCCAACAUGAGCUCCUCUUUGCUUUAACACAAUCCUGCAUAAAAUACUACAAACAAAAUCCUCUUGACGAGCAACACAUUUUUCAGCUGCCAGUCAGACCAACUGCUGUAAAAAGCUUAUAUCAAAGUGAGAAGCCACAGAAAUGGAAAGUGGAAAUCAGUGGUGGUCAGAAGAAGGUGAAAACAGUUUGGCAGCUGAGUGACAGUGCACCUGUAGACCAUCUGAGUUUCCACAAACCUGAUGUUUCUGAAUUAACAUUAAACGGUAGCCUGGAAGAAAGGAUGUUCUAUACUAACAUUGUCACCUGCAGCCAGGUGCAUUUCAAGUGAAGUGUGCCAAUGGAGUCCUCUGUAAGCACAAGCCAAAACAAAACAACAGCAAAAAAAACCCCAUUAUCACAGAGCCUGAAACCAGAAAUGUAUAUAAACCUUCAAGGCAGAAAAAGGAGGCAUGUCCAGAGGAUUCUUUACGAAAGACGGAUUUAUAAAAUGGGUAACCCUGUCUCAGCUCUGGCUCUGAAGGAGGAGCAUCAGGAGAACUGCGGAGAUUAGUAUGCAAAGCGUGCAGACUGUAGGUACCACAAUCUCCGUCACCAUCUGCAUGUGACUUAGUAACGGCUCUGAAACGGGAGGGAGAACACCACAAAUGAGAGUGUCGUCAUUUUAGCGAAUAUAGCUUCAUCUGGAAAGAUUCCCCUGCAUUGGGGAAAACUUGGAAAAUGGCAUCAUCAAGCUUUGUAAUUAAUCUCACUUGCUAUAAAAGAGAACAUGGUCCUCUUAACGUUAUAAAAUGUUAUUUAAAAAAAAUUACGUGAGGGCUUUGUAAUAUCCUUCAGAAAAUAUGGAAUAAAGAUUGCCUACAUCUGGUUCUUCCAUAGGUACUGGAA